CAAGACAUGCAGAAAGUGGAUGGGCGAAAUGGAAAAAGAUGCCGCCUGCCCCCAAAUGGGGUAAUUUUCCCCUCGGGGAACAUUGCCGCUUUAUUCUCCAUCUUCUCUUCUUUGAGAUCUCCAACUUCGGUUCUGCAUCCUGUUUCUGCUUCUGUGUCUGCAUCUGCUUCCUGGGUCUGCUUCUUGCUCAGGUUUACUGCUUCUCGUGUCGCGUGUCUCAUUCCUAGCGCCGCUCUCAUCGCCACUAUGUCGGUCAUUGGCGCCAAUUCACCCAUCGGAAAUCAUGGUGUCUCGGCCUCUCAUGGAUCGAUUUAUAGAUCCAGCAGC